UCCAGCGGCGGCUGUGGCGGCUGAGGCGGCGGCGCCUGAGGGGAGAGGCGGGAGCGAAGCCGAGGCCGGGCCGGGCCGCGGAUCAUGGACGUCUCGGGCCAGGAAAGCGACUGGCGCAGCGCCUCCUUCCGCCAGAAGCUGGUCAGUCAAAUUGAAGAAGCGAUGAGGAAAGCUGGAGUUGCCCACAGUAAAUCCAGCAAGGAUAUGGAGAGCCAUGUGUUCCUGAAGGCCAAAACACGGGAUGAAUAUCUUUCCCUUGUGGCCAGGCUCAUUAUCCACUUCCGAGACAUUCAUAACAAGAAAUCUCAGGCUUCUGUUAGCGAUCCUAUGAAUGCCCUCCAGAACCUCACAGGCGGACCCCCAACCGGAGCGACUGGAAUCGGGAUGGCGUCUCGGGGCCCAGGCCAGUCGCUGGGCGGGAUAAGUGGGCUCGCAGGAGUGGGCCAGUCAAUGGCCCUCUCGGGACAGCCGCCGCCCGGCACCUCGGCAAUGCCCCCUCAUGCCCAGCUCCAGCUGCAGCAGGUGGCUCUCCAGCAGCAGCAGCAGCAGCAGCAACAGCAGCAGCAGCAGCAGCAGCAGCAACAGCAGCAGCAGCAGCAGCAGCAGUUUCAAGCCCAGCAGCAGGUGGCCCUGCAGCAGCAGCAGCAGCAACAGCAGCAGCAGUUCCAGGCCCAGCAGAACGCCAUGCAGCAGCAGCAGCAGCAGUUCCAAGUGGCCGUGCAGCAGCAGCAGCAGCAGCUGCAAGUGGCCGUUCAGCAGCAACAGCAGCACCUGCUCAAAUUCCACCAUCAGAGUCAGCAGCAGCUGCAGCAGCAGCAGCAGCUGCGAAUCGCCCAGCUGCAGCUCCAGCACCAGCAGCAGCAGGCCAUGCAGCCCCAGCCGCCGCCCCAGCAGCCGCCGUCGCAGGCCCCGCCGGCCUCCCAGGCCAUGCAGCAGCAGCUCCAGCAGCUGCACCACCCGCAGCAGCACCAGCCGCCGCCCCAGCAGCCGCAGCAGGUGGCCCAGCAGCAGCAGCCCCAGCUCCCGCCGCAGGCGCCUCCCCAGCAGUCGCUGGUGCCCCAGGCGCAGUCGAUCCCCGGGCAGAUGAUGCUCACCCCGCAGCAGCUCAAAGUGAUGCAGGUCCGAGCCCAGAUGGUCGUGCAGCAGGCCCAGCAGGCCCAGCAGCAGCAGCAGCAGCAACAGCAGCAGCAGCAGCAGGUGGCCGCGGCCCAGGCGGCCCAGGUGGCUCAGAUGGCGGCCGCCGCGGCCGCGGCCGCGGCCGCCGCAGGGGGACAGGUCAAUCAGGGCAGCAUGACCAUGAUGUCCUCCCCGUCCCCCGUCCAGCAAGCCCAGACCCCCCAGGCCAUGCCGCCGCCCCCACAGCCGUCUCCCCAGCCCGGCCAGCCUUCCUCUCAGCCCAACUCAAAUGUCAGCUCGGGCCCGGCUCCGUCUCCCAGCAGCUUCCUGCCCAGCCCCUCUCCACAGCCAUCGCAGAGCCCGGCCUCCGCCCGGACUCCACAGACCUUCAGUGUCCCAUCCCCUGGGCCGCUCAACACCCCCGUGAACCCCAGCUCGGUGCUGAGCCCAGCCAGUUCCAGCCAGGCCGAGGAGCAGCAAUACCUGGAAAAGCUGAAGCAGCUGUCCAAGUACAUCGAGCCCCUGCGGCGCAUGAUCAACAAGAUCGACAAGAACGAAGAACGGAAGAAGGAUCUCAGUAAGAUGAAGAGCCUGUUAGACAUUCUCACGGACCCGUCCAAGCGGUGUCCCCUGAAAACACUCCAGAAAUGUGAGAUUGCUCUGGAGAAGCUAAAGAAUGACAUGGCUGUGCCCACCCCUCCUCCGCCUCCCGUGCCACCCACCAAGCAGCAGUACCUGUGCCAGCCCCUCCUGGACGCCGUUCUUGCCAACAUCCGCUCCCCGGUCUUCAACCAUUCCCUGUACCGCACGUUUGUGCCGGCCAUGGAGGCCAUCCACGGCCCUCCCAUCACAGCUCCGGUCAUCUCCCCUCGGAAGCGGAAAUACGAGGACGACGAAAAGCAGACGAUCCCAAACGUGUUACAAGGAGAAGUGGCCCGGCUGAACCCCAAGUUCUUGGUGAAUCUGAACCCCUCUCACUGCAGUAACAAUGGCACUGUGCAUCUCAUCUGUAAGCUGGAUGACAAGAACCUCCCCAGCGUCCCCCCGUUGGAGCUCAGCGUCCCUGCAGACUACCCGGCCCAGAGCCCCCUAUGGAUAGACAAGCACUGGCAAUACGAGGCCAACCCGUUCCUCCAGUCCGUGCACCAGUACAUGACCUCCAAGCUGCUUCAGCUCCCCGACAAGCACUCGGUGACCGCGCUCCUCAACACGUGGGCGCAGAGCAUCCGGCAGGCCUGCCUCUCGGCCGCGUAGGCCCCCCGGGCCCCCAGGCAAGCGGCCCCUCGGCCCGGGGAGCCCCGCGGUGCCCGUGGCCGGCUGGGCCUGCUCCUGGAGCACCCCCUCCCCUCCCCCCUCCCCCUUUGUACCUCCACCCGUUCUUUGGGCUGCGUCCUUGUCUGUGAACAACUGUUUGGGGGGGGCUACGCCGGGCACCUCGGGGCCCUCCCCACCUUGUCCCCUUAGUCCUCAGCCUGGGUGCCCCCUCCGUCCCCCUCUGGGAUGGGCCCCACACCCCUGUUUGUUAGGAAAGGGGGAGCUCUUCUGCCCGCUGACCGCGGCCCCCGUGGAGGGAGCUUGUCACAUAGGAAGCGCUUGGGGUUUGUUCUUUUCCGAGUUCGGUCCGUGCCGGGAACGUGGAGGUGCUCCAAAGCCGGCCUCCUCAUUGGCCCCCUGCCCCCCCUCCCCCAGCCCCAGGGCUCGGUCAUCCUGGCCCGGCACUAACACGACGCCUCUUCCCCCCGGGAGGCCACCGUGGAGUCCGGCUCCUCUUCAUUCGUUCCUGGGCUCAGACAAGCUGAGGGGUUCUGUCAGGGACUCCCGGGGGAGGGGAGAGAAGGGAGCCCGGCUUCUCCCCAGCUCUUGGGCCCUUGGGGUCCCGGGCGCCGCUUCCUCCUUCCAUGGCCUCCCUGGCGGCUGAGCGGGGUACGGGGUUCAGGGCACGGCGACUUAGAGGGGAGGGGCAGCGUUUUGUACACACACUAAUAAAUACAUUAUUUGUUGUUCUUUGAUUAUAAUAAAUUUAUUCCUGUGUUUGA